GGAAAUGCUGAACAGUCUAUUGCGGUUUGGCAAGGAUUUACAGAAAGAGGCGGAUACAACAGAGGAACUGGGUGACCAAGAGCGGAAGAAGAUGUCCAAUGCGUUCAGUUUACUGGCGUACAGAGACCCCGAGAAUAGCUGUUUAGCGUACAUACUUGCCAAAGAGGAGAGAGAGAAGCUGGCCGAGGAGCUCAAUACGUGCAUAUUGAAGUGUCUGAACAUACCGCGUGUGAACCCCAUUGAAAUGCUCCUGAAACAAGUACAAGUGUGCCUGGAUGCAGCGCUCGAGCGCGACAUCGCUAGUGCUGCGCUUGUGAAUGUCAAGGACUGUCUAAAGUGAGACUAGGGUUAUUCGACUCUUAUUCCGUGAACAAAAGAAUAAUAAAGUUGCC